GGACUUGACGUAAGUGAAUUACAGAAAUCGGGUUUCAUACGUUCAAGAGAUCGGCUGGCUGCUUUGUACACGGCGCACUGGAUUAAAUUGUUCGUGGUACCGACAAGCAACCACACCGGCAACUCACUCACCUGCAACCUAUCCAAAAAGAUCUCCAACUAACCCAGCGAGACAGCAGCCGCAUAGGAAUUCUUAUCCACGAGGCCCCUCCCACCAAUGACCUAUCAAAUCCCCACAGACACACAAGAUCUCCAGGCGAGCGCAAACUAAAGCCAACUAGUGCGGGGUAACGUAAGCUGUCAGAUCUCGAUCCGCCCUUUCCCAGGAGUCUGAUACAGUCCAAAUCAGGUGUUGUGCGCUUUAACUCUGCUUGUUUUGAAGUUUCCGCAAUCGUCUGUUGUCACAGCAUAUGCCUGAUUGCAGGUCCCAGUGCCUGUGCUCGAUCGCAUCUACAGCCGCAACGUCAAGAGAAGGGUGGUCACGCAGGGGAAGGGCGCUGAAAGAUGUUGCAGGUUCACUCUGAUCCAAUCCACACCCAAACCAUCUCGGCGGGAAAACAUGCCUACUCACUGUUGACGAGGGUGUCUAUUCGCUGGCCGCCGGAGGAGCCAUACGAAAAUACCGACACAACUGUCAUCAGUGUCAACAACUUCUUCGUGGAUCUGCGUGUUGAAAAGGAAUCGAGGAGAUUGGACUGGGCGAUCGCUGGUGUACGCCUAGUGGAUCAAAAUGAUUCCAGAAGAGUAACAUUUCUGCAUACGAUUAAUUCGCGCAACACCUUCCAACACGUCGAUACCGGCGUAUUUACACCGUUAGAAAAUGGCGACGAAAUGGAGACCGGAACUAUGAUACGACCAGGGGAUGGCCCCGGUGCGUUCCCUCGACCGUACGAAGAAGUCUGGCGACACAAGCGGGCCCCCCAUGUACCUGGGCCAAACAUAGCAUGGAUUCUCGAGGGUGCUGGAUCUCGUGUAUCACUUACACAGAAUUCCGACGGCAUUGGUUCGGAAGAAAGUAAGGAGGUCGAGACUUUUCUUGCUCGACUGGGCGGAGUAUACAUUGCUGUCCGCCAACCCACUCGCAUUGUGCAAACACCGCUACCCAAUGGAAGUUUCACGUUUCAAAAAUUUGGCGAUAUGGAAGGUGUCAGUGUCCGACAUGAGGAGUACGUCCAGAAAAGAGGAUGGAUCGAAAAGUUCGUGACAGGACCCGAGGGCAGAGAUUUGCCAACCAUGCAAAAGAAUAAGACCAGUGACUUUGCACUGGCCCAAGAAGGCAAGGGGAACUGGAGGAAACCGUCGCAAAAGGUGACGAUUCGUGGCGAAGAAUAUGUUGUCCGUGGGUUUGCCGAUAUCGCUUGAGUGUUGUGUACACACGUUGGAUGUUUGAUUCGCCAUUGCGCAAGUCGAUUCGAUUUGACUUUUUUUGCUGUUAAAUUUCUCGUGCCUUUCUUUGCUUUUCAUUUUUGAUACCAUCUUGCUUUCUUUACAUUUUUACCCAUCUAUUUUCUGGAAUGCAUGUCCUUGAAGCUAUCCAUAUGUUUUCAGCAGUUUAUCUUCAAUUGUUAGUGGCUGCAUUCCAGUUUUGUCUUUACUAUGAUAUAUCUAUGUAUAUUUCUCGUGAUCAUCUGCUUCUGCCAUUUGCUUCAUGUCCCUUUCCUUUCUGACCGCACCGCUGCUUCAAUUGUUCAACGUUAGUCAGCGGCAUGGUCUUUUUGGCGUUUGGGCUAUGCUAUGCUCUGUGAUUAAUUGAUGCUCAAAAUAUGAUAGAAUUUGGGUCUUUU